AGAUAAGUGAACAUGGCGUUUUACUCCAGAUACCUUGGGCUUACUCAUUCUACAUUUCAAUAUGUCACACAAUCGCUUAUAUAAAUAGGAGAAAUAUAUGAUUUAGUUUUCUUGUUUGAUUGUUUAAGCUGCAAUGAAGUUGUUACUAGUUAGUGUUCUAAUCUCUCUAGAGGGGAUAAUUUGCCUUCCUUCUCUUAUGGUGAAUGAUGUAUCGGAUAAAUCCCAGACCUUAUCGGAUACCACAUCGCAAAAAGCCUCAAGUGUUCUCAGAGAUAUUCUUAACAAGGAAAGCAUAGUUCGCCUCUUAGUGGUUCAAAACGUUCAGAAAAUAGCAAUGGACGCCAUUGACAACAGAAAUAUUACGGAGACUUUGAUAAAAAGGCUUGAUAAUAUAACUAAACACGUCAACGCUUUGGAAACAAAGCAAAAGAAAAUGGAAAUGGAGAACAAAAAACUUUAUGACGAACUGAAACUCUUGAGUUCUACAAAAAAUGACAAUGAAAAUUGUUCGAGUGAUGACAUACAUCUCUUAAAUGAGACAGAUAUAACAGUUUAUAAGAAAAAAAACUUUGACUCUGCAGAAACAAAAUCGUGAACUAAUUCUGGAAAAUACAGAAAUGAAAGCAAAACUUGAGUAUUUUUCAAAAAUAAACAAGACAAGUCAAUCAGGAGCAAUAUACGAUCAGAUAAAACAAGAUGCUGAAGCAAUAAAGGACAAAGAUUUGAAAAUUCUAAAAAAUGAAACAUUGCUUCUCAGACAAAAAUAUGAAAGUCUGUCACACGAAAACGAAGAAAUCAAGAAAAACUUACAUCAAAUAAACAAAGUAAUAUACGAAGAUAGAAACACCAGCAACAUGAAUACACGGUUACUGACAACCGAGGAAUGGGUGACUUUUUCGGCUUUUGUCAACAGAACACUUGGACAUAUUCUUGAAGAUCAAAAUAAAGCUAAUCAAAAACUCAACAAUAUUUCUACGAAAAUGUCAGGAAAAUUAUAUUCUUCCACAAAGAAACCCGUUGCAUUUUACGCAUAUAUGUCCAAGCAUACACCAACGAUAACUGUUCAAUAUCCUUUGACUUUUGAUGUCGUGAAAACAAACAUUGGAAACGGGUACCAUUCCUCUACAGGAGUUUUUAUUGUUCCGGAAACUGGAAUCUAUGUAUUCACAUGGACAAUUAGAAUGUAUGGUGGUUAUAAGCAUUCAACGCAAUUGAUGGUAAAUACAAAUGAAAUAGGAAUAAUUCACGCUGAUGUCAACCAUGAUUCAGACUUUUCAGGAUCGGGGAUCGUUGUGACGCAUGUCAAUGCGGGAGAUAACGUUUUUGUGAGGACGCAUGCUUCCUGGAAUAUUGGCGCUAUAAAUAGCAACUCUUCAGGAAGAUCCUCAUUCGCAGGCUGGAAACUCUCUUAAACAAACAAUGCUCUUAAGUAGAACACAAAA